CUGGCCACCACCACCCCCCCCCCCCCCCCGACACCAUCGUUCGCGCGGCCUCCGCCGGGCCUUCAUUCGGCACGGCGAUUCGCUCGCAGCACUUGCCCCAACAGCGUGGUGAAGGCUAUCUGGCGGGGAGGGGGCUCUUUGUCUUUGUGCGAGCUGUGUGUGUGUGUGCUGUACGCGUAGAUCACUGUGAGUCGGUAGCUCCGUUCAGACUCAACCCACUCGGCAGAUACCGCCACGAUGAUAACCCUUCAAGGCUUCGACAGGCACGAAUAUUUGCAGUUUGGCUAUUCAAUUCGUUCCCAGGCAAGCUUCUAAGACGUUAUAGGUAUUUUUUUUUUAUUUUCGACAGCAGAUUUUUUUUUGCGCAGGGCUAAUAUUGUUUUCUUCUACAUAUAUCUCCGUAUUUGUAUUCGCUUACCCAUAUGCAUAUUCAGCGUGGUGAGAUAUUGGGAAAUAAUUGGCGAAUUAGUUCGGAGAGACGUACAUAUCCGUUGUGGAAUUAAACCAGCCGUGCUGCAACGCUACGAGGCAUAUAUAUACCUCGCAAUUAAUACGUUGAGAUAAUUAGAUGUAGCCUCUACGCUGUACUGGCACGUGCUUGCGUAUCAAAUCGCGUAAUUGGUUACUACCACGUUCCACUGGCACGUAGAGCACGUACACGUGCAAUAUAUAAUCGCUCUUGGGAGGCAAUUCGGUCAAGCGAUGUGCGACCUCCGUUACCUCUCGCUGAUCUGAGCCUCCCCUCCCCCCGACCACCGAUAUCGGGAUCGAACCGGGAAGAAAAGGGGGGCUCUCACAUGGAGGAGGCUUUGGGGUGAGGCUGCUUUUUUUUGGAGGCCAUCCCGCCCUCCCCCCCCCCCACACACCAGGAGGCUUUUGGCAAGCCACAGUGUGGCCGUGGAGAUGAAGGGCCGAGGAUGGCUGGCAGUGACCGUGCUCGACUUGGCGUUGGGUCUCAUCGCUGCCAACGCAGACCGCCCACCGCCGCCGGUGAACGUGUCGGUGAGCGCCGUGCGUGCCUCCUCCGUGAUCGUGUCCUGGGACGUCGCGGAUGGAGACUCCGUCAUCGGUUACGCCAUCUCGCAGCAGAAGCGCCCGGGCGCUCGCCAGCGCUUCAUCACCGAGGUGAACACGACGGCACGCUCGUGCCUGCUGUGGGGCCUCGAGGCUGGCAGUGACUACGUGGUGGCCGUGCAGGCGCUGGGCCGCGGCGGGGCGGCCAGCGAGCCCAGCCCCGGCCUGCGCUUCAGCACCCCCCUCGCGGAGGAGGACGGCGAGCGCGACAACUCCUCGUCGCGCUCAUCCUCGUCGCCCUCCUCCUCCUCCUCGUCGUCGUCGCUGUCUGCGGCGUCGUCGCUUUCGGCGCAUGGAGGAGGGGCAUCGGACGUCCAGAUGAACGCUCUUGACAACCGGGAACUCAUGACGGGAGAAAUGAUCAUCAUCGUCCUGGUGCUCGUCAUGUGGGCAGCUGUCAUCGCCCACUUCUGCCGCCAGUAUGACAUCAUCAAGGACAACGACUCAAAGGAGAGCAAGGAGAAGGUGAAGAUUUCCUCCAGCGAGAGCUCUCCAGACCGCUCCGAGGACAGCAUCAAGCGCGGCAAGUACACAAAGACGCCAACGAUCAACAUCAUCGAAGUUUGACCUCCUCGGUGGGGGGGGGGGGGGGGGAGAGGAGUGAUCCCCGUGAGCCAGGCAACGCGACACCCGAGGGGAGCGGGGAGGAGCGGGGAGCGAGAGAGCGCGCAAGGAGAGCCGUGGAUUCGCGAUUCGCCGACGCUUCCUUUCCCCGUCAGUAAUUUGAUCGUUCUCCUGUCGACCCCCGAUUGCCGCACGUCGCGCCGCCCGCGGCGAGACGCGGAAUCCCCGUCGGGAAAUCUAGCAGCGGGGUGUGACCGCCACCCCUGCCUUCCUGCUGUUCUCACCCUCACCCCACCCCCCCCCCCCCCCCCCCAAAUCCGUAUUGUUAGAGAAUGGAAUCCGCUCAAGUGGACAUCGCAGAGCUACCUCGGAGAGCUUUUGAAAGUGACGUCUGUUCCGCACACGUGGACAGUAGCGGUGGGCGGGGGGGCACUUCCGCGACUCCGCCGUACGAGCGUAACGGAUAUCGCUUAAUUAAUGGGGGGCGGGGGGGGGGGGGUGGGUGGGUGGGUGUUUUACUUUCGCAGGGCUGGUCCGCGAUCGCUGGACCCGCCCAGAAAGCUGGACACGUUGUUUUUCCCGUGUCGUCCCGCCACACCUGGCCCAGCAGGAGAGUGCAUGUUCCUGCUCGUUGCAGAGAUUUGCGGUGUCGAACCCGGUGGGGCCCGCCUCGGUCGACCGUGUAGCGCACGCGUGUUAAGCGCGUAGCGUGCACGUGCCGUCCGCGUCGCGUUGGGCGUUUAAAGGUCCCCCGGAACGUCGCCGUUUCGACACGAGGAGGCCACCGUGUGUCGGACGUCGCCGUCGGCGUUUUGCCAAAUUUGUGAAAAAAAGAUGCCACGCAACAACUUGGAAUGCGAUCGCAACACGGCGACCUCCACGCCCCCCCCCCCCCCCCCCCCCACACGGUUGCGGAAGUCGCCUGGCGCCAAACAGGGACGGCUGCCGCCGGGGGUGCCCUUAGAAUCGUCUGAGAUGGGAUUGAGGUGGCACGGUUAUGGCCCGAGAUGUACUUCGACGGGCUUUCGUUCUAGCAGUGGAUUUACCCAAGGGCUGACCAAUCGGGCAGCCCGAGCUGGCUGCCGAGCUGAGGAGGCGGCCUCAACUCUCUGGCGCGAUUUCCGUUUCCACGGGCUGCUCCGAAUUCCCUACCUUUCUGUUUUUUAUUCCACUGCACAGCUGACCAGUGCUAGGUGGCCGUGCCGUGCCGUGCCGGGGCCAUGCCGGGCUGGCCCGGUAGGCGCCACGGUUUUUUUUUUCGCCUACGCCAAUCGCCGUGCCAUGACGCUGCACCGCCGCAGUGUGCCCCCGAGUGACGUCGCACGCAACAGACGCGUCGUUAGCCCCGCCCCUGCUUGGCUCCGCCCCACUCCCCCGCCCCCAUCCCAACCUCGCCCACCUGGCGCCAGUUUCAGAAGUCUUCUCGUGAGGCCAGCAGCGUGUCGCCAAUUGGUUUCUGUGCUCGGCUCGGCAAACCAGGCCCAAUGGAAAAAAAAAAACACACACACACGUUCCAUGAUGGCCCCGGGCUGGCUUUGGACGUGGCAGCGGAUAAACGGGGGGGUAGUCGUGUUCAAAUUUCAAUCCAGCGGUGGCGAUGAUCGCAGCCGCAGCAAUAAUGCCUCGGCAUUUAGCGGGAUCCAACCCCGGCCGGGACCUUUUACACUGCAUCCCGAGAGCCAUGCCCACCCAGGGGGAAGACUAUGGAUGGGGGUCUACGCUCUGUAUAUAUAUAAAAACACACGCAUGCACAAUUAUCCUGCAUUUUUGAGAAGAGGGGGGGGGGGGUGAAAACAAUGGCCAAAUGCAUAUUUGAUUUGAACUAAGAAGUAUUUAACCAUUGUGUACAACAAUCCAUGAAGUACGCACGCACACAUGCACGGUAGAGUUGCCACCCGCCCCGGUAUUCCCCAGCGACCUUCCUCUUUGUCGAGUGAGGCCGUUGCUGCUCCUGGGACAUCUCGAAGUCUUCCCGGCACAUUACCAGUCCCGGUGUUUGUCAAUGGCGUAAUGAAUAGCAAUCGUGACAAUGAUGGUGACGCAUCACUCGAGACAAUGCGUUCACAUGUAGUGGAUAGGUGAGUGGGUGGGUGGGUGGGUGCGUCAGUGGGUUGGGUGGGUCAGCGGAUGGGCGAGUGAGUGGGUGGGUCAGUGGAUGGGUGAGUGGAUGGGUAGAUGGAUGAGGUGAGAGUGGGUAAGUUGAGAGGCGAGUGAGUGGAUGAGUACGAGUGGGUGAGUCGGGCGAGUGAGUGGGUGUGACAUUAAAAGUCCCGGUUUUUGUCAUCGUCGUAGUAAUGAUGGUGAUGAUGAUCCACCACUCAAGACGAUGCGUUUACAGAGAGCUCUCUCCUCUUUUCGCGAUCGUGAGAUAAGUCUUUUUCAUCACGUGAUCUGCCCCGGGAUUUUUUUCACAACUCAAGUGGCAACCCUACACACGCACACACACACACAGACACACUCCUCCUGCCUGUGCAUUUGAAUUUUCUUUACAAACAUGACCUUUGACCUUCUUUGACCCUUAAACCCGUUUAACCUUGUACAGUUUUUGAGAACAUUUGAUGGAUCGCAAAAAAAUGGAGUUCAUUCGACGACCUUGACGCGCAGAUGUGCAAGGUUCCUGUAGAUAUGACCAAGAGUCUGUGUUUUCUUUUUCCAAACACCUAUCUCUCGUUUUUAACAAAACCUCCCAAAAAAAAAACACCUACAGCAGAACUGUGAACUUGUUCGUGAUUACAGCGAAAUCAAUGCGCUUGUAGUUUCAGGUUACGAUAAGCGGGAGCUCAAGUCGGGCGCAGCGCAUGAUGGCCUGGAUGUGGAGAAUGUUUAAAAAAAAAAAUUCCCCGUUUCCAUGACGGGACCCUGCCUGCCUGAAGCCUGGGACGUGUCCUUGUGUGUGACAUGUACCUGCGUAUACAGUAUGCAUUCACGCUUACACUCCUAAAUCUAAGCCGGGUCAAAACGUUACGAUUCAUACGUUGUCAUAAUUAUUCUAAUUUGUGUUAAUAUGAUGCGACAAUCCCCAAGACGAUUGUUUUAAUUUAAGCGAUUUCAUUUUAAGCAAUUAACAACAAAAAACCCCCAUCCAUACCAGAUUUGUAUUAACUUCUGAGUUUCCUGCACAAAUGCAUCUUGAAUCUCCCUAUGGCGGAGGGGGAGGGGGGAGACAUUCCCGACAUUUUAAACACGUCAAUUAAUAAUUGUGACGCAAAAAUUAAUGGUAUUUUUUUUCUUUCCACGAAUUAAGUGAAAUUGGCCCAACAUCUGAAUGCAGCAGGGCCCUGUUGCAAACAAUCUCGUGAGAUUCAGCGAUGCUCUUUCUGGGGGAAUUAAUUGUAAAUCACGUCAUUAUUGUAAUUAACGUUACUUAACUUAAGUGUGAUGAAAUUAUCCCACGUUAUUUAAUAAUACGUUCCAUCAUUCUGCGACCGGGAUUUGAACUCGCGGCCUUCAUCGUUGAGGGGCGAGCGCUCUCACCGCUGUGCCACGCAGCCACGAUGUCGAACGUGACCCGUUCCGAGUACAGCCGUCGUAGCAGAUGCAUUCGAAAAGUGCCGCAUGAAGCGAAAAACGCGUUUCAAGCGUAAACUAUUCCCCCCCCCCACCCCCCACGAGCGACGCAAUAACGAUAAAGUUUGGCGAGGACACGGGCGAGACGGCGGCACGUCGCCACCGCGUUGUUGCCGCUGCAUCAUUCCGCGAGCUCUAUCGCUACCAGCGCUCGCUAGCGGCGCGGCUCAGGAAAGAAGCCCGUCGACCACUCGGAAACCGCGUUAUAACGGGCACGUGUUCGGCACCACAGCGGCGCGCGAAGCGCUCCCGAAGGUGGAAGCACGGCCGUCGUGGCGUAAGCACAGCGCCGCGUGGACACCGCCACGCGUCGAAGCGAGGACCCGCCGUGCACUGCGCGUCUAAUUUUCUAUCGCGUGUUUAUUUCCCCCGCCUGGGUGGAUCAAGUUUAUUUUUUUUUUUUUUAAAAGUUGGAUUCCCCCGCCACGGCCGAACGCUGGGGCGUGAUUGCCGAGCCUGCGAACACCCCCACGGAGCCUUCGCCAACACGCGCGUCGACCAGCGCGGCGAAGUAUGGUUGUACGAAUCCCAUGGCCGACGCGGCAUGGGGGAGGCUUUUCAUCCAGCAGUGGAUGGACGGCGGCUGUGAGUUGUUGUAUUUUUUAUUAUUGUUCGAUGUUUUGUUUUGUAUAUUUCCAUAUGUGAGCGCUAUUGUUUAAGAUCAUGGUACACCACAAAGUCCAUAGCACUGACUUUCAAAACAAGCAAUAAAUUUCACAUCCCGGAAUACGUCCGUGCAAAAAAAAAAUGUUUAUAAAACCUUUAUUCUAGAUAAAAAAUGUAAUUUGAAAAAAUGUAAUAAAGUUGAUGCAGUAUCGUGAA